AUGAUAAUUACAAGUUUAAAUAAGUUUAUUUCUUCUGAAUUAUCGGAUCACUAAAACCUAUAGUUAAACUUAAAUUUUAACAAAAUUGGGGAUAAAGCAACAUAUGAACUCUCAGAAGCUCUCUAAAAGUGUUCAAACAUAAAAUCUUUAAAACUUAAUUUAAAGAAUAAUAAUAUUGGGGAAGAUGGUAUUCAUUAGAUUGGUAUUGGUAUUGGCUAAUGCAAAUAAUUAGAAGAUCUUAUGAUUGACUUGAGAUAAAAUCAAAUCGGUCAUUAUGGUUUGUGCUUAUUGGGAACUGAAUUAGGCAAAUGCACUAAUUUAAAAAAAUUAAUUUUAUUCUUACAUGAAAACUAAAUAAUUGGUAAAUAUGUUUCUGAAUUUAGUAAAGGUUUAUCAAACUGUAUUAAUUUAAGCAGUUUAAAGUUAGAAAUAAGUAAAGGUAAUAUUAAUGAUGAUUUUGUUUCUAGUCUAUCAGAAUUGCAUAAUUGCAAAAACCUUAAAAAUCUAACAUUGUACUUAUCAAAUAACAAAAUUGAAGGAAGUGGAUUAUUAGAUAUAAAAGAUUUUGUAAAUCUUUAAUAUUUAGUUCUUGAUUUGAAAUAGAAUAAAAUUGAGGAAGAAGAAUCCUCAGGUAUAGGGUUGGCUUUAGAAAAUUUAACAAACUUAAUUUUUCUUAACAUCGAUUUAAGAGUCAAUAGAAUAAAGUAGCUAGGUGCUUAUUUUAUAGGAAAAGGAUUAGCUUAGUGCUAAAAUUUAUACAAUUUAGAACUGAACUUAUUCAAAAAUAAAAUUGGAGAUGAAGGUACAAUAGAUUUAGGUUAAGGAAUAGCUUAAUGCCUAAGCUUGAAUUCUGUUAUUAUCAAUUUAAGUGAAAAUGAUGUUUCUGAUAGAGGAGCUUCAUGCCUAUUUUCAUCAAUAGGAUACUGCUAAAAACUUGAAAAUUUAAUUUUAGACUUAAAUCGAAACACAAUUAGAAAUGAAAAUGAAUCUAAUUUAGGUAUAGGAGUAGGAAAAUGUUAAAAUUUGAUUAGCUUAACUCUUUACUUGAAAUUUAAUCAAAUAAAAGAAGAGGGUUUCUUUGAGCUUUGCAACGGAAUUGGAAAAUGUUAGAAAAUUGAGAACCUAGAAAUAAAUCUUGGCGAUAACCAUAUUGGGGCUUAAAAUAAUAACUAAUUAUAGCUUGAUUUGAAUUCUUGUAUUAAUCUUAAGCAAUUGACAAUUAGUAUAAAAUAAAAUAGAGUUGGAAAUCUUCUAGCGUAAAAUAUAGUAAACGGAGUUAGCAGGUGCUAAAAUUUAAAUUUUGCAACUAUUUUCUUUAAAUUAAAUGGCAUCAAAAGAUAGUUCAUCAAGUAAAUAAUUUAGAACAUUUAUAAGACUAAAAGAAUAGUAGCAUUUAAUAUAAAAAUAUGA